AGGAUUCAACAGUUAAGCUAGAUCACUGGUGUGUCCUAUGUGUGUGUGUGUGUUGGGAUGGGGGGUAGAGGGUGGGGCAUUGGGCACCACACCUGAGCCAGUAGGUAAGCUUCCUAGGGAUUUAAGUUCAGUUUUCACUGAACCUAUGCCCCAUCUGGCAUGCUGAGAACUGGCUGUCUUGUAGUCAAGGAAGUGGAAGGUCUUGACUGGCACUUCCCUGUCCAUCUCCUGGCAGCUCUGAGGCAGGAUAAUGUCCAUCCUGAGAGGCACACAGAGGUCCUUCCAGGUGGCACUCUGGUUCCUGGUCCUGGCUGUGUUCCUCCUGGUUGGUUUCCUGCAUGUGGACUUCAGACUACUUAAACCGGACAAGGUCCAGGAACCACCGGUCACAAACAUCAUGUUCCUCAAGACGCACAAGACAGCCAGCAGUACAAUCCUCAACAUCCUCUACCGCUUCUCAGAGUCUCACAACCUAUCCACAGCACUGCCCGAGGGCUCUAGAGUCCAUCUGGGUUACCCCUGGUUUUUUGUGACACGGUAUGUGGAGGGCCUGAAGCAGGACGCCCACCUGCAGCAUCACUUUAACAUCAUGUGCAACCACCUUCGGUUCAACUAUCCUGAGGUGCAGAAAGUCAUGCCCAGGGACACUUUCUACUUCUCCAUCCUCCGGAACCCAGUUUUCCAGCUGGAGUCCUCCUUCAUCUACUAUAAGGACUAUGCACCUGCCUUCCAGAGAGCCAAGAGCCUGGACGAAUUCCUGGCAGAUCCGUGGAAGUACUACAACGCUAGUGUGAGCCUGAAAAAUGUCUAUGCGAAAAACAACAUGUGGUUUGAUUUUGGUUUUGACAACAACGCCCCAGCAGACAUGGACUAUGUUCGCAAGCGCCUUGCGGAGGUGGAGCAGCGAUUCCAUCUGGUGCUCAUUGCAGACUACUUCGAUGAGUCUAUGGUGCUGCUGCGCAGAAGGCUGCGCUGGCAGCUGGAUGAUGUCGUGUCCUUCAAGCUGAACGUGCGCAGCCAGAGCACUGUCUCACACCUGACGCCUGAGAGCCAGGAGCGUGUCCGGCACUGGUGUGCGCUGGACUGGCAGCUCUACCAGCAUUUCAAUCGCACGUUUUGGACCCAGCUGCAUGCGGAGCUAAGCCCACGCCAGCUCACAGAAGAGGUGGAGCAGCUGCGGGAGAGGCAGCGCGAGCUCAUGGCCCUGUGUCUUCAGGAUCCAGAGCCCAAGAACCUGACACACAUAGAUGACCAGAAUCUGCGUCCUUACCAGGGUGGGAAGGCCAAUAUUCUGGGCUACAACCUUAGGCAUGGUCUGGACACCACCACACUGCAUAUCUGUCAGAGAAUGGCGAUGCCCGAGCUCCAGCACAUGGCCCAUAUGUACUCUCUGCAGUUUCCCGACAAGACUCCCAAGGAUAUCCCAUUCCUGAAAAAGUAGGGUUUGGCUAAGUGACCCUCUCUUCCCAGCCUACCUUUCCAAAGUGAAACUGUGAAGAUGCCCAUCCGUCUCCAUCUCUGGGGAGAGGGCCUUCCACCUAAGACAACACGCACAGCUGUUCCAUAUCUGAAUCCACCCACUGUAGAGACAUGGACAGGCAAGAAUGCUUGUGCCCUUAAAUUAUUUCACAGAGACAGUCUAAGCAGCCCACCAGGUGAACAUCAGCCCAGGGGAACACCGGGGCAUAGACAUCGGGCCUGUGGAUCCAAGAAGAGACCUAGAACGGUUCCCUGGGAUUUUGUAGCCACAUUGGUUCAGCACCGGUGACAAUGCCAUGCUUGUACAGGGUUCGGAGGCUCAGAGGUAGGCCAGGGAGAGACGGGAUGAGUAGGCAGCCUUCCAUUUUACGAAGAUCAGUGCAGACUGAGAAUUGUGAACGUUGUUGGUUAGCCUGAGCACAGACAUAGUCUACUUUUUAGCUUCCUGUUGAACAGUCCUGAAGGAGAAAGUGCCUGACUUGCCACAGGUUCUCUGAGAGGCUCAGGUACCUUUGGUUGUCUUGGAAACCAUGUUGUGUAUAAUCUCAGGGAUCAUCUUUUGGGUGCCUCUCUUAGUCAUUCAUGGAGAGAUACUAAGUAUCUAGCACCCAGCUCUCAGGAUGAGGUACCUGAUUCCCUGGGUUACUCAAACAGGGUGCCUGAGGUGUUGGGAAAAGAAGUCACUGUCACAUACACAGCCUUUCUUCCUGAGCCUUGCUCACUGAGUUUUGGUGGAGGCUUUUCUUCUGUGUCAGAUGUCUCAGAAAAGACAGACCAUGCUCCUUUGUACCUCAAUUUAAUAUGGACAUCAAUUCAAUAUGAAAAGUAAUUGUCAAAGAAAAAGUAAUUGUUGGUGAGUUUAGAGAUGGUACAAUGGUACAAUGAGUUUGUCAAUCCAAAAGAACACUGUAAAUUGAGAAUUGACUCUCCCAAACUGAACAGAGGUAUUCAGAAUGCUAGAGAGAUGCUGGCUCAGCCCUUUUACCCUAGCACUGGGGAGGUAGAGGCAAACAGAUCUCUGAGUUUAAGGCCGGCCUGGACUACAUAGUGAGUUCCACGACAACCAGGUUACAAAGUAAGAGACCCUGCUUCAAAACAAAACAGAAAACCACUGAAGCCCCCCAGCCUUGAGCAGGCUGGCUCAGACCUGUUCUGCCACUGUGAACAAGACCACCUAGGGUGGAGUCUCCUGAUCUAGAUAGGUCUAUUGUUCUGCCACCUCUGUUUCCUCCAAGAUGCCACUACCUGCUGAGAGGCUGAACCAGUUCUCCUGACACUAUCCAGAUGAAAGGAGAUCCUGGCCUGGUGGGGGAUGGGAUGCCCCUCUUUAUAAGCUCAGAUUCUUAAGUAAACUUUGGGCCUUGAUCACCA